GUGCCGGCCCCGCCCCGCCCCCGCCGCCAUGUUGUGGAGGCGGCGGGAGCGGCGGCGGGAGCGGCCGGCGGGGGUGGAGGAGUAUGCACGGCGCGGAGCGGCGGCCCGCGGGCGCGCACCCUGACCGGUGGGUGCUCAUUGCACCAGAGGCUGCUACCGACCCCCCUACAGCACCUGACAACGAACCUAUGUUUACAAAACUACGCAGUCCAAGCACAGGGGAAGCAACUCUUUACUUAUUCAAUAGUGGUGCACAGCAGCUGUUCGAAGUAAAAGCUUUUCAUGAGGAAUAUCGUUCCUGGUUUAUAGGUGAGACUGUUCAACAAGAUGGGCGCCUGCUCUUUGUUACUCCGAUGGACCCCUUAUUUCUGAUACUUUAUUACCUCAUAAAGGCAGACAAAGAGCAGCAAGGAAAGUUCCAGCCACUGGAUCAAGUUGUGCUAGAUUCAGAGUACCCGUAUUGCCCAUUGCUGCUGAAGUGUGAAGGAGUCAAAUGGUCCAUAUGUCAUAUAACAGAAGAAAAAGAGAUUGGCAGUCAGAAAUUUCACAAGUACAGCCAAGAGAAAACAUUGAAGUGGUUAAAGAAAAAGGUCAAUCAAACAGUGAAAGCACUUAAAAGCAACAAUAUAUGUGUAGGCGAAAGGAUAUAUUCAGCUACAUUUGUCAGCGGUAAACAAAUCACUGAUGCUGAAGAAGACUAUGUGCGAUAUGCCCAUGGGUUAAUAUCAGAAUAUAUUACUGAAGAGCUGAGCAAGGAGCUGUCAAAAUACCUAGGUCUUCCAGAGCAUACAGUCCCAGAACCAGAGCCACCGUUGAAGAAAAGGAAGUUAUCAGAUGUCCCUGUGGAAGCAGAAGAAGACUAUACUAAGUUUAACAGCAGUAAUCUGAAAAACAAAAAGACAAACAGCAAGAUGUCUGCAGCUCAGAAGGCUCUGGCCAAAGUUGAUAAGAGUGGAAUGAAAUCCAUUUCUUCUUUUUUUAGCUCCAAACCUAAAGCAUCAAAAUGAACACUUGUUCUUGAAAAAGUUUUAUAUAGUGGUUACUUUUACAUUAAGCUAUCUUUUGUUUGUUUGCUUGGUUUUUUGUUACUAGUUUAUUUGAGACAUGUCUGCGUCUGUGAUGGAGUGUGAUGAAGGUAUCUGUGGGGCUGCUGUUGUCUCAGUAUUAUGGUGAAAUUCCAGCCUGGAAUUAGCACAUACCAUACAGUGCAGCCAUAUUAAUUUGUCUUCUAGGGCAACCUCAGUCAGUGUCACCACAGAGUUUUGUCACUGCACUCCAUUCUGGCCUGGAGACAUGCCCUUUCCUGUGACAAAUGUUGAAGGGGAGGAUUUUUGUUCAUUAGGAAGAUUAUUUCUUGAAACGCUCUGGAGGUUUUUACUCAGUGUAACACCCGAAUGGGGUGGCAUAAUCAGAUUUCUAUGUUGAUGAGAAUCUAAGUGCUGAAGUAAGCAUCACUGUUAGUGCCAGUUUAUCAAGGCAGAGGUAUAUUGGGAUUUUGGUUUUGAAUACGCUGGAAACAAUUGUGAUAAAUUUCAACAUCCAUGUAAUGCAAUAAAGUGCUUUAUGUAACAGUUUGUGUUUAUUGUGUUUGCUGUAUGUUUCAGGGGUUGGGUUAGCCUUAAAGACACUCCUUGUGGACUUUUGGUAUUUUUCAGUGUGUGAAUUGUAAUCCUUAAUGAAUUACAAUGUUGCUGUGGACUUCAAUGAUAAAUCUCUUAACACAUAGUAAUAUAGGAAUAUUUUAUGUUUAGUUCCAAGGUGUAUAGGUCCUCACGAAAGUAAUUAAGGGAAGAUUUACUUGAAGACAGCAGGGUACAUUUGAAAAAGCCUUUGUGGUGUUGGAUGCAAAAUUAUAAAUGUUGAGUAUCUUAGAUAAGAUUUAAGUUUAUGAACACCUGCACAUAGAUGGACUAUUAUUUGAACAUAUAACUCACUCUUGUAUGUAUUCUUUCCUCAUUGUAAGGAAUUCCUGUAUUGUACAGAGGGAUAUAGCUAUCUACUAUGAUGCAACCUUUACAUUUCACAGAAUGAAAAAAUGAAGUCACUGGGAUUGUUUGUAUAGAUGUAGCCAGUCCUGUAGAGCUGGAAGAAACCAAGCAUUAAGCAUUUCAUGGGCUGCACCAUUACUGUGGUUGAGCUGCAAUGCUUUAAAGAGACGGACGAUCUUAACAUCAUUCUUUGCUACUUGAGCUCAGUAGAGAAUCUACUUAAAUCCCUUGAUAAUAGGGAUUUUUAGAGAAAAUGUGACUGCCAUUUUCCCAUUUCAGACCUACUUGCCUUUUACAGCCCUUGUGCUACAGAGGUAUCUGUUAGGUUUAAGAGCUCUGCGGUGUUCUUUUCCAAACAGAAGUGAAUGUAAAACUGUGCUGUGCAUUGUAUGCUGUUUUGUAGUUGCUGUUGGCAUCUGUAGGCCUUUCAAAACAGUGUUUUUUCAAAGCUGUGCUUGUAAAUAGGCAAAUACAUGGAAUUAUCUCUGAUUGCAAAGAUACUUAUUUCACCAUUGAGCCUUCUCAAUGAAGCUGGAACAAGGAACAAAUGUAGAGUUAAUUCUCCCACUUUGUCCAAACUGAAUCAUCUAGGCCAAGAAUGACAUUCUUUAGAAUAAAUAAACGGUUUUCAGGCAUUCUGAAGAAUCAUUUCUAUGUCUUCCUUAUUUCUGGAAGACAGUUUGUAGUAUUUCUCAGUAUACAUCCAAACAGUAAUGUGUGAUUCAGAUGCAGACACUUCAUUGAUUUUUAAGCUUAGAGAAAUUCCUAUUAUACCACACUGCCUUGCUCUUCAGGUGUCUUUAGCAAAGUAUCAGCAUCUUUGUCAGUAGAGCUGCCUGUUUUGACAUUAACUAUUAGAUAAGCUUAAAAAAUAAUAGUAAGUGCCAUUGUGAUAAUUUUUGAUGUGCGCUACUUCGUGAAUUUCCAUCUUGCCUUUUUUUUUCUACCUUACUUGUCUGCACUAGAAGUGAAAACAAACCCUGUAGCAGACGUGUUUGUUUAUCCAGAGGUUUUUCUUACUAUGAGUUGGAAAGAAAAGCACUCAAUGAGCCCAGAAUGAGCAACUGCAGUUGUGAACUUGGAAGGGUUGGGUUUUGAAAAGCAUUCAACUUAGCCCAGUGGUUUAUUUUGAGAAUAAAAGAUGCCUUCCAAAUUGGUAUCAGUAGAAAAAAGGAUGCACCACUGAUGAAGCCUUUUGAAGAACACUAAUGAAAGUGCAGGAUAGUGUAAUGAAAAUAGAACAAAUGGGCACUUAUUGUCAUGUUAAUGGUGAAGCUUUCUGCAGUAAGCAACAUCUUAAGGAUUAUGUUUUGGAAAAUGAGAGGAAAGAAACUGCAUCUCUAAAGAGAGGGCCCAUUCUGAGCAUUGGAAAGUUUUGAGAAAGGAAGCAAGCAUGGGAUGGGAAUUUCAGCGGAAAAACACGAAUGGGGGAGAUUUACAGAAGAAACAAGCUGUGAAGUGGGACAGAUAGAUGAUAUUUUUUAUUCUAAAUAUAUAAAUCUGCUACUUUUGGUAUUUUUUAAAUAGUUUUGGAAAUGCAUCAGCCUGUUCAUUGACUGAACAAUUUGAGAACAUUUCUUCUAAGAAAAGAAUCCUAUUUCUCUGUCAGACUUUAGGACAGAAGGGCAGUCCUGGUACAGGUGGAAGGCUUUUGUGGACUUCUGAUCUGAGCUUUUCUUUUUUUCUUUCUCUAAACAUAGCUUUCGCAUCAAUCUCUGCGUGUAAGAAAUAGUCUUCUGUAUGUGCAUGUGCUGUGCUUUAGUUUGUCACAUCUCAACUUCAGCUGACUGCUAUACUGUAACUUAGAGCAACUGAGGUUUGAUUAGUUACUGUGCCUUUGAGCAGAAAUUUGUGCAUGACAGAGGAACAUGAGCCAUUUCCAAGAGCCAUUACAGCUUUCAUGUGAAAACAAAACUCUUUUCCUGUUAGGAAAGAAUGUAAUACAUUUAGUAACUUUGAAACCUUCUUAACGUGUAGCUGUAAGAAGUUAUGAAGAACACGUGGUGCCAAAUACAUAAAACAAUAUUUCCUACCACAAUGAGGAUUUAAAUAUAGUUACUGUGACUGGCCAGCAGUAGCACUCGGUCAUCAUGAAGUGCUGCUUUGCUGUUUCUUGCUUCUUAGCUUAGUUUGGGACAAUAUGCCAGCACCAUUCAGAAAUGUGGUCUAACUUUAUUGCUCUUUCAGAAUUAGCAUGCUGUUUCUACACACUCAUGUAAAUAUCUGAUGAGUUGUGAUCCUUUUAUUGUAGUUGGUUUUGGAUUAAGCUGCUCUUGUAGUCCCACUCUCUUAAGACUUCGCAUUGCAAACAGACUGACAUCAGUGAGCAUGGAAAACUUCAUAUGGAAAUAAAGCACUGACUUGGGGAUAUAACAGGGUUGGACUUGCACAUCAUUUUCAGUCUGAAGUAAUAAAAUCAGUUCUAUUUGUAGGAGUGACAAUUGAUGAUUUGGUAUUUUUCAGUGAAAAUGAUGGCACAAAAUGAUGGUAGUAUUUGCAUUCACAUCUGAAAUUUAAAAGAGUUAGCAAUUCUUUCAAGUAUUAAUUGCAUCUGACUUCAUGGCUUUUAGAGACAAGGUAAAUGCAUGGAUGCUUAUUUGAAUAGAUUGAUUCUUAUGCCUAGGAUUUUUUUCUUUUCUUUUUAGAUGCCUGCACAAAAACAUCCAAAGAAGAAAUGAAAGAAGCGUAAGGAGACUUGCUAAUAUUAUUUUAACUUGCCAUAAUCUCAAACCAGCUUUUAAAGGCUUUUUUAGUGCACUUUCUGAAAAUAAAUGCUUAAAGUUAGAUGUGCCCUGUUCCAAGAAAAAGCAAAUCUCAGCAGAUUAACAUUGUUAAAUAUGCGGUGUGUUAAACAUACAGUGCUUCAGAUUUUAUAGCUUAUCCACUAUUGGUCUAUCGGGCCCUUCCAGGAAAGCACUUACAAGCAUGCCUAAUGUUAAGCACAUGAGCAGUGAUCUUCAAGUCAGCAGUGUUGUUCGUGUGGAUAAGUGCUUUGCUGGACCAGGGCCUAAAGUCCUGUUAGGUGCUGAGCAUCCUGAUCCAUAUCCAGCAAAGCACUUAUGUCUAUGCUUAUCUUGAAGUGGAAGAGCUGGUCUAACUAAUAUUUGUGCAUUAGUGUUUGCCAUAAAACCUCUCUUGGCACGGUGACUCACAUGCUUAAAAUUAAGCACCUGCCUAUGUAUUUUGCAAGAUCAGACCAACAGCAUCCUUGAGCAAUUCCUAUGUAAUUACUUGAUUUUGUAUGAACUUUCCAUUUUCUGGUUGUUUUUAACAGAGCAAAUGAUUUUAGUGGCCAUAAUUUCAAGAUUUAGAAGCUUCGUAGCAAAAUGCUGUGUGCAGUUUCCACAUUUAUAUUUCAAAUUUUAGUCACAUUCAACAAAAUAUUUUAGACUAAAUUGUUCAGACUUAAAAUCAUCAAAAAAUGAAAAAUGUUGAUUUUUUAUAUUUUAAGGACAUUUCAACUUUUUUUUGUUAAGAGUUAUUUCACUGAACUUAAUCUGAAUGAUUUUGUCCAACCAACCGUGUUCUGGUAUCCAGAAUAGGUUACCUAGGUCUGUCUGUGUGAGCAGGCUGAUUCUUGAGGUGCUAAGGUUGGGCUAGGGGGUGUGUUCCGAGGGGCUAAUGGAGGAGCUGUAGUUCUAUUUUUUUCUUCCUGGCAGAAUGAAGCCUAAACAUGAUUAAAUCAACAUGUACUUUUUUUAAUGUUGAGAACAAAGCUGAAACUUAUGUAGUCCUUUAGGGUAACAACAAAAAAUAAGAGACACUUCGUUAUAUUAUUGUUGUGGAUGUGUGCAAGAUAUUUUCCAUGGGG